GAGGUCCACUGUGGGUGGAGUCCAGUUUAAGGAGUAGGGUAUUUAAUGGCAAGGACAAAGUGAACGAGGCACAGUUAAAAUGGCUCUCUACCAGUUUCUGUUUGGUUCCACCGUCAUCAUCACUCUCUUUUCCCAAGGAUGUCAUUCAAUGAUGCCAGUAUGUGGUCAGGCUACAAGAAACACCAGAAUUGUGGGAGGUGUAAAUGCAUCUCCGGGAUCUUGGCCCUGGCAGGUCAGUUUAUCCAGUGAUGGCCGUGACUUCUGUGCAGCGUCGCUAAUUCACAGCAAGUGGGUGCUGACGGCUGCUCACUGCGUAACCGGAAGUGACACCCAGACCACAAGGGUUUUUCUGGGCCGACACAGCCAGUCAGGUCCAAACCUGCAGGAAGUGUCACGGGGACUUGAUAUGAUCCGAUGCCAUCCUUCCUACGACUUCCUGACCAACGACAACGACAUAUGUCUUCUGAAGCUGUCGGCCCCGGUGAAUUUUACGGACUACAUACAACCGGUGUGCUUAGCCUCGGCAAGGAGCACGUUCCACACCGGGGUAAGCAGCUGGGUCGCUGGUUUUGGAGAUACUCAGGAGGAUUCCUCUUCAGCACCUGAAAUCCUGCAGGAGGUGAAUGUACCAAUAGUGGGAAACAAUGAGUGCAGAUGUGCCCAUCGUCGACUCACAGAUAACAUGAUCUGUGCUGGGUUGAGAGCUGGAGGCAAGGAUGCAUGCACGGGAGACUCAGGGGCACCACUGGUGACCAAAAAGGGUGGUAUAUGGAUCCAGAGUGGAAUUGUGAGUUUUGGCAAUGGCUGCGCCAGGCCCAACAAUCCUGGAGGUUACACCCGUGUGUCCCAGUACCAGGAAUGGAUCACCAGCAUCACUGGCAGCAGCCAACCAGGCUUUGUUACCUACGUCUCCUCAGGAGUUGACAGCGACUUAAACUUUGACUGUUCAGACCUCACAGGCCCCACUACCCCUACAACCACAACAACCCCUACUACCACCACAACAACCCCUACUACCACCACAACAACCCCUACUACCACCACAACGACCCCUACUACUACCACAACAACCCCUACUACUACCACAACAACCCCUACUACCACCACAACAGCCCCCACAACCACCACAACAGCCCCUACAACCACCACAACAACCCCUACUACCACCACAACAACCCCUACUACCACCACUACAACCCCUACUACCACCACAACAACCCCUACUACCACCACAACCCCAGAGGAUAAGGGUAGUGAUAAUGGCAGUGUAUUUGACAGUGGUGAACACGUGAUCCAUUUCUCCCACUUCACCUCUCUGUGUCUCCUAGUUAUUUCGCUCUGUGUGCUGGGUGGAGACACAUAACGUGAAAAACUAUUUACAGUUUAAGGUUUCUGAGCCCAAAUGUCACAUUCACUGUGUUUGAUAAUGAGCCCUCUUCUUUCAAUGUAAAUAUGAAAGCAAAAAUAUAGAACUGAAAGGUUGUGAUUGCCAACAACAAAACAAACCCUUUUUAUAUUAAUAUAUCAUAAAAAAAUGUUUUUGUAAUAAUCACAAAGGUGAUUGUUUGACUCGUUUGUCUUUAAUUAAAGAGUAACUUGACACUAAUCGCAGUGGUGUCUCUAGUAGAAAGGUUCAAGCAUGUUUCACCUGGGUGUGGUCAGAAAUGUGUCCUGUUGCACCUGUAACCACACCCAACAGUGAUGUCACAAUGUCCUAUGGUACACCUAUACAUCACUGCAGCAAGGUGAGAAGUGAAGCCACUGGAAGUCCAGAUUUUAAGAGGGGUGUUGAGUUACUCUUUAAAUGUUAUGUUGAAUUGUGAAAAGUUAAUUUCUGCGUGCUAUUAAAAAGUUAAUAAUUUUAUAAACUUGCAAGUUGUUGGAUUGAUGUAAACUUUUAAGAAAAAGUUUGUAAAAUUUUGUAUAGUC